GUUAGCCAUUCUUAUUUGACAUUUGGGAAACGCGGAAAUCGUGAUAUUUUUAUUAUGGAUAAUUGUAUGGUUUGAGUGAAAUUUGUUAAACACUUUAUAACUAAUAAGUGCUAAAAUAAAAUAAAUAUAUGAAAUUAUUAUCUGGUUAGCGGGUGAAAAUAUCAAACUUUUAGUUGUGCUAGUUACCUUUUCGUACAAACCCACUAAGAACCUACGCUUCAUAAACGUUUUGUGCAGACUUUUGGUACUCGGAAUAAAAAAUGGAUUCUGAUUUAUAUGAUGAAUUUGGUAACUAUAUUGGACCGGAACUGGAUAGCGAUGAAGAUGACGACCAAAGUAUUUACGGACAGCAAGACGCGCCGGAUGACCAAGAUGAGGACGCCAUGGAUGAAGAGGAAGAACACCAAGACGACGAAGAUAAGGAAGUAACUGCCGUUGUUCUGCACGAAGAUAAACGUUACUACCCCACUGCGAUAGAAGUGUACGGACCUGACGUGGAAACCAUUGUGCAAGAGGAAGAUGCACAACCGCUGGAUAAGCCACUUAUUGAACCUAUUAAAAAGCUCAAAUUUCAAAUAAAGGAGCAAGAGCUUCCAGAAACCACCUACGAUAUGGAAUUUAUGGCAGAUCUAAUGGAUACACCACCCCUUAUACGUAACGUGGCACUAGUCGGUCAUUUGCAUCAUGGCAAAACCACAUUUGUAGACUGUUUGAUACGUCAGACACACCCGCAAUUUGAGCAAGCAGAGGAGCGCACACUACGAUAUACGGAUACCCUCUUCACUGAGCAAGAGCGAGGUUGCAGUAUCAAAGCAACACCGGUUACGUUAGUUCUACAGGACGUCAAACAAAAAAGCUUUUUAAUGAAUGUUUUCGAUACGCCUGGUCAUGUUAAUUUCUCUGAUGAAGUGACAGCAGCCAUGCGUAUGUGUGAUGGUAUUGUAUUGUUUGUAGAUGCAGCGGAAGGUGUAAUGUUAAAUACGGAACGUUUACUCAAGCAUGCGGUACAGGAAAAAAUGGCUAUUACAGUAUGCAUUAAUAAGAUUGAUCGUUUAGUAUUGGAGUUGAAACUUCCACCCCAAGAUGCCUAUUUCAAACUAAAGCAUAUUGUUGAAGAAAUUAAUGCUUUAUUGAGCACUUAUGGCAAUGGUAACGAUAACUUAUUAGUAUCACCGGCCUUGGGUAAUGUUUGCUUCGCAAGUUCCCUGUACGGCUUUUGCUUCACCUUGAAAUCUUUUGCCAAACUUUAUGCGGAUACCUACGAUGGUGUUAACUACAUAGAAUUUGCUAAACGUUUGUGGGGCGAUAUGUACUUCCACAGCAAAUCACGAAAAUUCACAAAAAAGCCACCACAUAACUCUGCACAGCGUAGCUUCGUUGAAUUCAUUUUAGAACCCAUGUAUAAGGUCAUCGCCCAAGUAGUUGGUGACGUUGAUACUACACUUUCUGAUACUCUGGCUGAACUGAAUGUGCGAAUCACCAAAGAAGAAAUGAAAUCGAAUAUACGCCCACUUCUACGUCUUGUGUGCAAUCGCUUUAUGGGCGAUUUUAAUGGUUUUGUUGGUAUGUGCGUGGAGCAUAUCAGUUCACCACUGGAUAAUGCUAAACGCAAAGUAGAUCAUAUUUACACAGGACCUAAGGAAGGUGACAUUUACAAAGAUAUGACCGAGUGUAAUCAGAGUGGCACACUUAUGGUGCACAGCGCCAAGAUGUACCCCACAGACGAUUGCACUUUUUUCCAGGUGAUGGCGCGUGUCCUUUCGGGAACGCUGCAUGCCGGUCAAGAAGUGCGUGUACUAGGUGAAAAUUACACACUGCAGGAUGAAGAAGAUUCACGUGUCUUACAAGUGGGUCGUUUAUGGGUAUAUGAAGCUCGUUACAAAGUGGAACUAAAUCGUGUACCGGCCGGUAAUUGGGUACUAAUUGAGGGUAUCGAUCAAUGCAUAGUAAAAACAUCUACGAUUGUCGAUAUAAAUGCGCCUGAAGAUUUAUAUAUUUUCCGCCCAUUGAAGUUCAAUACACAAAGCAUUAUUAAAAUUGCGGUUGAACCGGUAAACCCUUCAGAACUGCCAAAGAUGUUGGAUGGCUUACGUAAAGCAAAUAAAUCAUAUCCGUUGCUCUCCACACGCGUUGAAGAGUCUGGUGAACAUGUUAUUUUGGGCACAGGUGAACUAUACCUGGAUUGUGUUAUGCACGAUUUACGUAAAAUGUAUUCUGAAAUCGACAUAAAAGUAGCUGACCCCGUGGUGGCAUUCUGCGAAACCGUAGUAGAAACAAGUUCAUUGAAAUGUUUUGCCGAAACUCCCAAUAAAAAGAACAAGAUUACAAUGAUUUCUGAGCCACUGGAGAAAGGGCUGGCAGAGGAUAUUGAAAAUGAAGUAGUCUCAAUUAACUGGAACAAAAAGCGGCUUGGUGAGUUCUUUCAAGUCAACUACGAUUGGGAUCUGUUGGCAGCUCGCUCAAUUUGGGCUUUUGGGCCAGAUGCAACUGGACCAAAUAUUUUAGUUGACGAUACACUCCCUUCAGAAGUAGAUAAGAACCUUUUGACUUCAGUGAAAGACUCAAUAGUGCAAGGUUUUCAGUGGGGCACGCGCGAAGGACCACUUUGUGAGGAACCAAUACGUAAUGUUAAAUUUAAAAUUUUAGAUGCUGUAAUAGCUGGUGAAGCACUGCACCGUGGUGGCGGUCAAGUUAUACCCACAGCACGAAGGGUUGCCUACUCGGCAUUCCUUAUGGCUACACCGCGUUUAAUGGAGCCAUAUUUGUUCGUAGAAGUGCAAGCGCCGGCUGACUGCGUAUCGGCUGUGUACACGGUAUUGGCGCGAAGAAGAGGUCAUGUGACACAGGAUGCACCGGUCUCGGGUUCACCUUUAUACAUCAUAAAAGCAUUCAUUCCUGCCAUAGAUUCGUUUGGCUUCGAAACCGAUUUGCGUACACAUACACAAGGUCAAGCAUUUUGUUUGUCAGUGUUUCAUCACUGGCAGAUUGUGCCUGGCGAUCCAUUGGAUAAAUCCAUCGUAAUAAGACCGCUGGAACCGCAGCAAGCAUCACACCUAGCGCGCGAAUUUAUGAUUAAGACAAGACGUCGUAAGGGUCUGUCAGAAGAUGUUUCUAUUAAUAAAUUCUUUGAUGAUCCUAUGUUGCUAGAGUUAGCGCGGCAAGAUGUGUUGCUCAAUUAUCCGCUAUAAGUUAAAAAUAUGCAUGGAACUUAAAAUAAAAAGUUACUAUAAAAGUU